CCAAAUCCAAAACCCCCUCUUAGGCUUCGUUUUCCUUUUACGACGAGAGAGAUAGAUAGAGAGAGAGAGAGAGAGAGAGUAGAGUAGAGAAUAAGGAUCAGAAUUCGGGUAUGGCGAACGCAGACGUAGAGGCGGUAGACUUCGAGCCGGAGGAGGACGACCUCAUGGACGAGGACGGAGCUGCAGACGCCGAUGCCUCCGCUUCCCCGAGAGCCCCUCUUCCAAAGCUCAAGUCCGCUAUCACCAGCGGCGGCGGCGCUUCCUCCUCUCUUGGCCCUCCUAAGAAGACCAAGGGCCGUGGCUUCCGUGAAGAUAUCAAUGCCGACCGAAACUCCCGUCUUGCCGGCUCCGAUUUCGACUCUCUCAAGUCCUCCGACGGCCUUGAGCCCCAGCGCUCCAUUGAAGGUUGGAUUAUUCUGGUAACUGGAGUUCAUGAGGAGGCACAAGAGGAUGAUCUACAAAAUUCAUUUGGUGAAUAUGGAGAGAUCAAGAAUUUGCAUCUAAAUCUUGAUCGUCGCACUGGGUUUGUCAAGGGGUAUGCACUUAUUGAAUAUGAGAAUUUUGAGGAAGCACAAGCUGCAAUAGCCGGGAUGAAUGGCGCUGAAUUUCUUACUCAGACUGUAACUGUUGACUGGGCCUUCAGCAAUGGAUCCUUCCUUGAUGGAUCUAUGAAGAAGAGGAACAUUAGGCAACAACGAGAGCGUCGCUCAAGGAGCCCUCCAAGGAGGAGAUAUUGAUAAGUCUGUGUCCUAUAUUUGUGAGAAGAAGAUGAAUUCUCAACGAAGAGGUUUCAUAUGGAACCACCGAGUUAUAAUAGAUGUUAGUCGAUAUUUGAUGUUUUAAUCUCUGUUUGCGGAGGAUGCUUUACAUUUCUCAUACUGUAUGGUUUAGUGAUGACUUCCUUAUUUAGUUUUGCCUUUUAAUUUAACUUGAGGAUGUUUCCAAAAAGCAGUAACAGUGUGAUUUCAUUUUCUGACUUUGAAGACGCUGAUAAAGAUGUGAUGAUUUUGUAAGUUUGACCUAGAUUCAUCUUAAUGCAUAUUUUGAAGCAUUUUUAUUUA